AUGUCGACAUCCUCGGCCGCGCCCGAGUCUUGGAUCACUAGCUUCUGCUCCCUGCUCGGGCAUGAAUAUUUUGCGGAGGUGUCUGAAGAUUUUAUUGAAGAUGACUUCAACUUGACGGGUCUUCAGACGCAAGUCGAAAGGUAUAAGGAAGCUUUGGAGAUGAUUCUCGAUGUAGAGCCCGAAGAAGACGACGAAGACCUUGACGAGGAUGAGGAAGACUACGACAACGAGUCUGCUAUGGAGCAUGGUUCGCGGUUCGGCAACGAGAGAAGAGGACAUUCCAGAAUGGCCAGCGACCUUACUGUUAUCGAAUCCUCCGCCGAGCUGCUAUACGGCCUUAUCCACCAGCGAUUCAUUUGCUCACGAGUCGGCAUUCAACAGAUGAGCGAAAAGUAUGAGCUGGGACACUUCGGCGCCUGCCCUCGUACGCACUGUGAGCAAUCGCGCACGCUUCCCGUCGGCCUGUCUGAUAUCCCAGGCGAGGAUACGGUCAAGCUUUUCUGUCCCUCCUGUCUAGACGUCUAUGUCCCCCCCAACAGCCGGUUUCAGACUGUCGACGGAGCGUUCUUCGGCCGCACUUUCGGCGCUCUCUUCCUCAUGACUUUCCCAGAGUAUGACCUCACGCGACGCGGCUCAGAAACGCUGGCCUCCAUUAACAGUCGCAUUCCGAUUGCCGAAGGGGAGGCCAUCGUGAACGGCAUGUAUACGAGGAAUAUUGCCCCAGGACUUGGUCCCCACCGCAUAUACGAGCCCAAGAUCUACGGCUUCAAGGUGUCGGAGCGUGCUCGCACAGGCCCGCGCAUGCGCUGGCUAAGAGACCGGCCCGCCGAUGUGACUGAGCUCGACGAGGCGAGGCUCUAUCGCCAACAACACCCUGACUCAGAUGAAGACGAGCAUGACACUACUAGCCGCGCUGUUGUGCGCAGACGGCCGCCAGGCAACGCGCGCCUCCGCCAACGGCGGAACCAAAUCCAAAACGGCAGCCCAAUGGCCAUGUCAACCAAUGGUGCUGAAUCCGAGCUGUAG